UUCUACGGUAUCGAUGAGCUGCUGGAAGCGUGUCGCAGUCAGAAUGCGGAAAUUAAGGUGGGCGAUACGGUUGGCUGGCGUCCGGAAGCAGUGGAAUUGUACUGGAGAGGUUUCGUGAGAUUCUGGGUGGACGACAGUCUGGUGUUGCCGUUUGCUUACGAACGCAACGGUCACACAUUCGCCAGAUGCAUUGCAUGCACUGAGGUUACGAUUCAAGAUCCGAAAUGCUCCUAUACGUUCGAGAUUGUUGAAGAACACUGGAAGGGAAUGUCACAUUUUAUGCAGCACAUGACCGGUACGGUCACUCAGGUAAGGUUUUGUUUUGGGUAA